AUGGAAGACCCAGCCAUCCAAGAGGCUACAGCAUCAGAGCCUCUCACCCUCGAGGAGGAGUAUGAGAACCAGGAGUCGUGGCGCGAGUCGCACGACAAAUUGACCUUCGUUCUGUGCCAGCCGAUCUCCGAUCCUGCCGCGGCGGACUUCGCCUAUGUACGCGCCGGCCAGGGAGAUGCGCCGGAGAGGAUGAUUGGCGACAUCAACUUCUUCCUGUAUCCAUUUGAUGAUGAUGAGGAAGGAGCGGCAGCGUCAGACCCGGAGGCUGACUACUGCAUCGGCGAGGUAGAUAUAAUGAUCGCAGAUCAGGCGCAUCGGAGUAAGGGUCUUGGACGUGCUUCGGUUUCCGCCUUUAUGUACUAUAUAUUCCAGAACUUGCAAUCAAUAUUGCAGGAGUACAGCACGGCCGACAGCAGACCACCUCCCGCAGGAGGCAACCCAAAGGAGCUGAAGCUGAAGAUGCUCAUGGUGAAGAUCAAGGCCGGCAAUGCAGGAAGCAUAGCACUCUUCAAGAGUCUGGGAUUCGUUCAGCAGGGUGAGGUAAAUUACUUUGGCGAGAUCAAGAUGAUCCUCGAGAACUUCGACCAGAUAUCAUCAACAGUGCUGGAGGGCUACAAGGAGAUAGACUACAUCAGGCCAUUGAAUUAA